UUCAUUCUUUUGAGUUGCUUUUUCGUUUUACGAUCCUAAAAGACUACAAUUUGUCAUAGAAAUUUACGUUACACCAUCGCGUAAAUAAUUAACCUAAGCAGACUCACUUGGAACAAUAUCUCGAAAACCGAGGCAUCGCAGCCAUCAGUGUAACAUAGGAGUGACGUGAUCCAUCCGUGAGAUCGUAUCAUUUUCCAAUGAUGCUUUUGCUUCCCUUUUACGUUAUCGUUGGCGAGAUUAGUUUAUGUGCCUGAUGGUAUGGAAACUAUGUGUGAUUAACAGGUUAAAUAUUGAAGACUCAGCAUGGGGGCGUUUUUAAAUAAGCCCGAAACUAAAAAAUACAAUGAGACCGGGGAAGGGAACGGUCUUCGCUAUGGCGUGGCGUCGAUGCAAGGUUGGCGAGUGGAGAUGGAAGACGCGCAUCACGCGCAGCUUACUUUGAAUGGUACAUUAUCGGACUGGUCGUAUUUUGCCGUGUUUGACGGGCAUGCGGGUGCGCGGGUGUCAGCACAUUGCGCGGAGAAUCUUUUAGAGUGUAUCCUUCAAACGGACGAGUUCCGGCGUGAAGAGAUAGCGGAAGCUAUCCGCGCCGGGUUUCUCGACUUGGAUAAGAAGAUGCGGGAGUUGCCGGAGCUGUGCAACGGCGAGGAGAAGUCUGGUUCGACGGCAGUCUGCGCAUUCGUGUCGCCGAAGCAGAUAUAUAUAGCGAACUGCGGCGACUCCCGAGCGGUGCUGGCUAGAAAUGGUGUACCGAUUUUCGCAACCCGAGACCAUAAACCGGAGUUGCCCUCUGAGAAGUCGCGCAUAGUCCAGGCGGGUGGUUCAGUCAUGAUCCAACGUGUGAACGGUAGCUUAGCUGUGUCUAGGGCACUAGGAGAUUAUGAGUACAAGAAGGUCCAAGACCGUGGUCCGUGUGAGCAAUUAGUAUCACCGGAGCCUGAGGUGUCAGUGCAUGAACGUUCUGAGGCAGAAGACGAGUUCUUAGUGCUGGCUUGUGAUGGAGUGUGGGAUGUGAUGAGUAACGAGGCAUUGUGUGCAUAUGUACACUCAUUACUGCAACUCACAGAUGACCUUGUGGCUGUAACAAAUCAGGUCAUCGACACUUGUCUCUAUAAGGGUAGCAAAGACAACAUGAGCAUCGUACUGGUGGUGUUCCCAGCGGCGCCUAAACCCAGUGCCGAGGCGCAGCGCGCUGACCGCGAGCUGGACGAGACGCUCCGACAAAGGCUUACAGCGCUGAUCGAGAGGACUGCGGGCAAUGACGAGCGCGAGGACACCUCGAGUCACUUCUCGUGGGUGCUGAAGCAACUCAUGCAAGAGAAUAUACCCGGUCUCCCGCCGGGCGGGGGUCUCGCUGCCAAGCAAGCGCUGCUGGAUAAAAUAUACAGGGAGUUCUACCCGGAGCACGCGGACAGCUCGGAGACGUUCGGCUGUCAAGCAGAAAUUGCGGACGCUUUCGGAGCCAACUGAAUGUCUCGCAUUGCUGGACCGAAUCGAACACUAUUGUGAGCCGGUAAGGAUCAAAUUAAAAUGUCCGUAAUGGUCACAGUGACGUUAAAUUCGUUGUGUUGCCACCUAAAUAUACUUUUUGUCAACUGUAAUUUAAAAAAUAUCAUAUCAUAGUGUUGUUUGUUGAUAAAACGUUUUUGAAAUAUGUUUAACUUUCGAUAUUAAAGGUUUUCGCCUUUAUAUUUGAUUAAAUAUUAAGUAUAUAAUACAUAACUAUUAUUACUAUGUACAUUGCAAUUUUAUUUUAAAAAACGAUGAAAAUUGAUAAAUAUUCGGCCAGUAAUAGUGUACGAUUUGGUUUCACCUAGCGGAAUACGUUUUCGUAGUACAAAUCGAAUGGAAUUGCAGUUACAUUACUUUAAAUUGUUAUAAAAGAUGGCAACACUGUCUCUAUUUUUUGUACAUAAAAAUAGUCGCGAAACGACGAGGUGAUGUACUUGUAAUUUUAUUUGAUAAUUGUGUUGCAACUACCACUUCGUCUAUGUUGAUUGUCAUUAAUUUUAAAUCAUCGCCGGCUUUGUAUAAAAAUCUGCUAUGACCAUGACCAUAAAAUAAAAUAGUCUAUAAUUGUAGUGUGUGUCUAUGGUAGACCAUAGAGAUGCGGUAAUCUAAACAUGGCCGGAGCUUAAGAGGCUAUCCGUACUAGGAAUGUUAUCGUCUUAGUGAGGAGGCCCCUCUUAGGAGAUGUUUCAAGUAUGUGCCGUGUGUAAUGUACUAUUUUAGCUGCUGCCGUGGUCGGGUGAGGUUUCCUUUGAGUCAUAGACAAAUUGUUUUGUUUCACCGUUAGAGUAAACUAUGACGUUCCACAACGGGAUUGUUUGUUUUUACCAAUUUAUAAAUCGUAAUUGUAAAUGUUGAUGUGUGGCACAAAUUUCCAUUUCCUUUCUAUCGUUGUAGAAACUAACAAGUACUGUCCUAUCAUUAAAAUAGUAUACAUAUACCCUCUUAUUCAUAAGAAACUUUAAAUGUCCUACUAAUAUAUCCAUUGUACUAUUUUGUCCUUGUCUAAUGAACUGCAUUGUUCAUUUGAGAAAAAGCGACAAAACAAUGGAUUUGUAGGUUUUGCUUUUUAUGAAUAAAAGGGAUAGUAGUUUAUUGUUGACGACAUCAACGACAGCUGUAUGUUGUCAUGUUACCGCAGCUGUACACGUGUAAUAAUAAACAUAUAUAAAAGCGUAAAGCAAUCAUAAUAUAUUAUAAUGACAUCAAGAACGACAUUAUAUAUCAGGAAUGUCGUUAAAUAAAUGUUAUGAAGAAAACCCCCAAAUGUAGUUUGUUGAUGUCGUUGACAACGAACGUUUAAAGUAACAUUUGUAUAGAAUUAAACGGGUUUAUCAUUUGGUAACAUUUUCCAUUUUGUUUUGUAGUUUAGAUAUAAUUUUGUCGUGUAUGUCAUAAUAUUAGAUGUGUAAUAUAGAGAUUGGAGUAACAUGUAAUAUUAAUAAAAUCGGCUACAUAUAUAUAGUUAUUAUGAUACAAUACCUAUUUGUUUUGUGCCGUAUAAAUUUUAUAGUGUAGGCUUCAUAACGGCCAGUUUGCGGUUACUUUGUGGAUUUUUUUUUAUAAAUAAAAACAAUGUGUUCUUUCUGUUGUCUCCUCAAUAUUGAUUAGCCUGAGAUAUACUUCUUAGGUUUUGAAGAGUUACAGACGUGGAAAUAGAAUAUUAAAAAGGUUUUUACUCGUGUGCAAUUUGAUUGGUGUCUAAUGUUUUGCACGGGUUUUGUUUUACAUUUAUUAUGACAUCUUCAUUAUAUGGUAUAUAUACGAAAUAUCAUGUUAAUCGAGUAUUAACAUGACAUUUCGUAUACUUGGUCGCGGAUAAACUAAUGCCGCAUUUGUUGUGAAACAAACAUGUUUAGAAAAAUUACAAUAUUUAUAUCAUAUAGUGAACAUAUCAACAAGUUUAAAACAAAAUACGUAGCGCAAAUAACGCGAAGAUGUCGCAAAUCAAGACGAACAUUUAGUGUGAUUCUCUUCACGCCAUCUUCCUUCACAGGACGGGCAGAGAGAAUUGAUUGUGUACAUAAAAUUAAAAUUACACACAAGUAAAACAAGUUUAAUUUUUAUUUCUAAGGCUGAGUCGAAAAUUAUAAUUGAAUUGAGUAUAGCAUAAAAGAGUUCUCAAUUAAUAUUACUAUUUUUUUUUGUACAUACGGUAUUUUAUGCUAUCAAAUAGUGACUAUAAAAUUUGCAGUCAUAUUAGUUAAAACUUCAUUUUUAUUUGUAUUUAGUUUAAAUAUUUGUCUUAAUAGGGAAUUUGGAUAUUUUGCGGGAAUUAACAUUUUUUUUUUAUUUUGUUCUCACUUUCGAUGUGAACCAUGCGUUUCUAAAUUUAACAACGCGUUGGAUUACUGUUGUCAACGAUUUAUUUUUUCAUUUUUCCUAUUUGAAAUUCGUAUAUAAUUUUUUUCGUACUUAGAAAUACUAAUGUAUGUAAUAUUGCUAUGUUAACUGUCUACAAACAGUACAGUAGUUAAAGAUAUAUUUGAUAUUUUAAGAUGUUAGGAACAAAAUACAGAAUAUGGAAUUAAUUUUAAUUUAAUCCUCCGCGUUUAAUUUAAAUCUUAAAAUGUGUUAUAAAAUUAUUUUUUUCGGUUUCAAUAAUAUUAGAGUGCACGUGUGGUCUUGGUCCGACUCAUAGAAAAAAUUACCAAAAAUAAAUGAUUUAUGUUGUAAUUUAUCUCUCUUUUGAAUAGAGAGGUAAAUAGAAGACAGUAAGUAAUGGGAAAUACUUUUGUACCUGUUCGAAUUCAUGUUAGUGUAACUUGGGAAAAUAUUGUAUUCAUAGAUCUUUAUAGCCCUGUUACACAGGUAAGAUAAGAACUUAAGACCCUGUUGAUGGAGCGACAUAAGGGCUUGAACCUUUGACCUGUAUAGUGGCGCGAUUCAAUGGGUGCAGUAGGGAAAGGAUUCAGAGCAAUGGUUCUUUAUCUAUGCUAACAUAACUAGGUUUCAAUACAUGCUCAUUAUAUUGUUAUAUAAAGUAAUGAAUAAAUAAAUCAUUCAUAAAAAUUGUAUAUUACACAUUUUAGCUAUUGAACUCUUUCGUCUCUUUCUUGCAAAUUGUUUUCUCCAUCCAGAAAGAAAGUGAAAAAAGACUCGCAAUAGUAAAAUGUACUUAUAUUCAGUUUUUAUGAACUAAGAGGGUUUGUAUUUGCUUAUAUAUAUGUAGAGCAAAAACAAACACUUUUACUGUAGCUCACAAUAGUUUCGUAGUUUUAUUGAGUAGCUAAAUAUGUUUAAAUCAAUAUUCUCUACUUUCGAUUACAGCAUUUGUUCAUAUUUAUGCGACUAAUGAGCAUGUAUUCAGUCACCUUUACAUCCAAAUACCGUGUAAUAACUUAACUAGUUGAGUUACUCUAGAAAUAAUCAAACUUUAGUAAUAAACAUUUUUGGUUACAUUCAUAAAACUGAGCUAAAGAAAUAGGCAAACUCUUGUAACACUGUUUUAAACUAUUUUUACCAUAAUUACAUUAUUUAUGAGUUCCCAAUAUUUCUACGCUGUUAUAAAAAUCCU